GAGAAUCAGAACGUAUGACUAGUCCAGCCCACUCUAAGACUGUCAAGUAUAAUAAAAUCCCGUGUUACUGCUGCAGUUGGUACUGACUUCCAAGAGAGCAACAUGGCACAGCUCAGUAUCAGGGAAUACCUGACGUCUGAAUGCAAAAAGGAGAACAUCGUCUUACGCUUUCAUCUGGCGAUGGUUAAAAAGGCACAUCUGGACAUACAAGAGAAUCUGAGUGAAUCAGAAGAGUCAGAAUGUCAGUGCAACAGUACAGAAGCUGGAUGUGUCGUGGAUGGAAUACUUCAGCAAGAGACGAGAGGGUCCUUUAAAAAGGAUAAAGAAUGUCAAGUGCUGAUCCAGAGUUUACACCAGACAACCAUCUGCCCUGAAAAUAUCAAACCAAUAAGAAGAAGGGGUUGCCUGAGUAGUUCCACCUCAGAUGACAUCACCAUCUACUACUACAAGUCAAAUAUGUUAGAAGAUCUGGAAAAAGGUGUUCCUGUCGUAUUGAACAUCAGCAACUCAAACCAGUUUCUGAAAUGCACAUUCAGAAGUGACAAAGCAGUUCUGACUGUCGAGUGCUGGGAAAAGGAUAAACUGGAUUCUAUCUAUAAGAAUGACCCAACCACAUGGCCUUUUGUCUUCUACCUCACGUGUACCAAGGACAACUGCCGUCGCUUCGAAUCAGCCGAGUGCAGUGGUUGGUUCAUCCACACGGAAUCUAACUACGUGUGCAUGGCUGAACAAAAGGAUAAAGAUAAGGAUUCAGAGAAAUAUUCCUUCCUCAUCUUACGUUCACCCAAUACGACAAAGUCAAAGUGAUGUGUGAUCAUAAAAACAUCGGCUCAACUAUACAGAACGUGAAUUAUUCCAAAAAUGUGGAGUCUAAUGCUGCGUAAUUAAGCUAUAGGGAAAUAUUUCUCAUUAUACAAUGUGUGAAUUGAUUACCAGCAGGUAGACAGAGAGAGAGAGAGAGAGAGAGAGAGAGAGAGUGGUGAUCUAACUUGCUUUUUGACAUUUAGGUGUCUAUCCAGAGAAGUAUUUUUCUCAUUAUAAUCAUAUAUGCAUAUACAUCUAUAUGUCAAAUAUGCUAAUAAUAUGCAUUGCUGCUGAAUAUCACUAAUAAUAAUGAUAUAUUUGAAUAAUUUUAUUCAUUUUCUAUUCAGAGGUGUAUAGGAUCUGUUGUUUAACCUUUAACUGCCAUUGCAGUAGUAAGUAAUAUGCAUCAUAUCACAUUUUAUCGAUUUUAUAUUAUAAGUAUUGGGUGUCUUUGCAUUUCUUUGCUAUGUCAGUUGCAAAAUAUUUUAUCUUAAAAAAAAUUAUUUACAUUUUUCCCCCUUAUUCUUAUAAGCGCAGAUAGGCACUAAAAUUAAAGGGAAAAAAAAUUAAAAAAGGAGAAAAAGCUUUUUUCUGUUGAUCUGUGGGAGGUACUCUAAUGUGCUGACAUAAUUUUUGGCCCACUUGUACUCUUAGACAGAUGAGUCACUACAAAUCAAUAUUGCAGCUGUUCUGACUGAUCACCUUUAGCCUAUGAUGAAACCUUUUUAUUCUGAUGGGAGUGGUCUAUUCCAGGAUGACCACGCCCCUUCAGUGGGCACUAAGGAAUAACUUCAGUCCUCUCAGCUGAACCUUGUCUAAAUUAGACUUGUACAAGCUAAUUCUGGUGACUCAUGGUUGCCAGACAACUUAUUUAGACACUUUAUGUAGGUUUUUCCUUUACUUUGUGACACAAUUUCAUAAACUGAGACACAAUUUUCUAUUUUAUUUUCUUACAUGCUGAUUUUUAUUUUGAUACAUUUCAAAUAUUUUUUUUUAAAAAAACAUUUUCUUUUGUGUUUUACAUAAAUAUUUGUAACACUUUUAAAUAUUUACAUUUAUCAGCAUAAUGUAGAAGCAAGUUUAUAUGUAUAUAUAUAUUCCAUUUUUUUAUAAUACAUAUUUGCAGUAUCAAGAUGAACAGUAAUUCAUUGCAACGCUCUAACACAUAAAUUAAAUGUUUGAGCAUGUUAGCAAAAUUCACUGGUCCAUCUCUUCAUGUGUACAGUCAAAUAUAUCUCAUGCAGUUGAUUGUCUUUUAAUUGUGGAUAAUUACUUCUUAUGCUCAUUUCCUUCUGCUUGUGUCUCCAGAAUGAUUUGCAUUGCUGAUCAGUUCAUUAAAAUCCUGUUUGCUCACUA